AGGCGGCGGAGCGAAUCAGUCUCGUUGGCAAAGCAAGACUUGUCGGUUUGCGGCUUUUGUAGAUGAUCUCGUCGCGUAUAUCGAUCUUGAUGCGUGAGAGAACAAGACGUUGCCAGGCGAAAGGGAAUACAUUUUGCGAAUUAGAACGCGCUGUGUUGCGGUCGCGUACGACGCCGCCGCGAUGAUUGCUCACGCUCGCGAAACAUUCAGCGUGGGAUUUCCGGUCGAUGGAUGACGAGGGAAACGCGGCGUGAAAAGUUGCCGAUACUUGUACGAGGCUCGAAGAUGGCAGACACGAGCCAACAAGCAUUAAGCGAGCCACACACGAACGGAAUGGUGGACGGUUUGACGGAAGAUGAAAAAAGCAAGAUGAGACCCGCCGAUAUCGAUGCGGAUAUGAGAGAAAUGGAGAGGAGAAAGAGGGUCGAGAUGAUGAUGAACUCACGAAUCUUCCGGGAAGAGCUGGAACGUAUAAUUGAGACACAGAUGAGGGAUGGUGCUGGACCCUCUGGUCUUCUGCAACAGAUCUCUGACAUGAUGGGUGCACAGGGAGCCCGAUUCAAUGGCAAUGUGUUCAAAAAUUCGAAUUGCGUCUUGCCUAUCAACGACAUACGCGGCGUGGAGAGCAUGGGAUACGCCAAGGGCGAGAAAUUGCUACGGUGCAAGAUGGCGGCGGUUUUCAGAUUGCUCGAUCUUUACGGAUGGACGCAGGGCGUCGGCGGGCAAAUCACUUCCCGUCUCAAUCAGGACCAGGAGCAUUUUUUGGUGAAUCCUUACGGGCUACUCUAUCACGAGGUCACCGCCUCGAGUUUGAUCAAGGUGGACAUGCAGGGCACGAUUGUCGAACAGGGGACGACCAACUUCGGCGUGCACGUCGCCGGUUUCCAAUUACACUCGACAAUACACGCUGCGAGACCCGAUAUCAAGUGUAUUAUUCAUAUUACUACUCCGUCCGUUACCGCUGUUUCCUCCCUCAAGUGUGGAUUGUUACCAAUCGGUCAGGAGAGCAUAGUGAUAGGCGAAGUGAGCACCCAUCAGUACAUAGGAGGUUCCGUCGAGCCGGAGGAACGUGAGAAGAUUGCUAGAAACCUCGGACCGAUCAAUAAGGUUAUGCUCCUGACGAAUCGCGGUGCUCUUUGCUGCGGAGAAACCGUGGAAGAGGCGUUCUUUAACGUUUACAAUACCGUAGUCGCCUGUGAGACGCAGCUGAAGCUAAUGCCCGCGGGCGUAGAUAAUCUAAGCCUUAUCAGCGAGGAAUCGAAGAAAGCUAUAUUCGAGGCGUCGCGAAAACCGCCGAUCCCUCAGCAACAAACCUCAGCGGUAGAGUCGUCCGCACUCGCGGAGAAGCUCGAGAAACGUUGGAGAAUCGGCGGCGCUGAGUUCGAAGCCCUCAUGAGAAUGCUCGAUAACGCUGGAUUCCGUACGGGCUACAUAUAUAGAAAUCCACUUGUAAAGGGAGAACCCCCGAGACCACGAAACGAUGUUGAAGUUCCACCGGCCGUAUCGUCCUUAGGAUAUCUGCUCGAGGAGGAAGAAUUAUAUAAACAAGGGCUGUGGAAGGGCGGACGAAAGGGCACGGACAGAUCCCGUUGGUUAAAUUCACCAAAUGUCUACCAGAAGGUUGAAAUCCUGGAAACUGGAACACCCGAUCCUAAAAAGAUCACCAAGUGGGUGUCUGAUGGAUCUCCUACCCAUAGCAGCACACCAGUCAAGAUAGACAGUGCUCUUCAGUUUGUUCCGAAAAACACCAAUCCAAAGGAGUUCAAACAAUUACAACAGCAGAUUAAAGAUUAUCGACGAGCAGAGAAAAUAUCGGCUGGUCCACAAUCCCAUAUAUUGGAAGGGGUAUCAUGGGAGGAAGCUAAGAAAAUGCAGGACGCGACAAUUAGUGGUACCGGAGAACAAGUAGUUUUAGUAGGAGCCGCUAGCAAGGGUAUUAUACAGCGUGGUUUCCAACACAAUGCGAUGGUGUACAAGACACCUUAUGCCAAAAAUCCUUUCGACGCCGUCACGGAUCAAGAAUUGGAUCAGUACAAGAAAGAAGUUGAACGCAAACAGAAGGGAGAUCCUUACGAUGAAUCACAAUCAGAAUCCGAGGCCUUGUCAUCCUUUAACAUCAGUCGUGCGACGCAUGAAUCCAGCACUGCCAAGAGUCCUAUUCAGUCACCAGUUUCUGUUACCUCGGAAACGGAGGAAGAGAGUAGAGACGAACCCCGAGUAUUGCGAAUAGAAACGAAACAAGUGCCUGCGCCGAGUCAACCCGAAGUUGUGUUAAGCGACGUGAAUGAUGCUACUGCAGAGUACCUUAAUGAGAUGCGCUACAGAAUGACUGAGCGACAAAGCGGUUACAAAGGAGGAGAAAAUACCGUAAACGGCGAUCACUCGGACGCUCAUCACAGUACUUUUUCGCAUAGUAGCAAGGAGGGUUCCAUGUCGCAGGAUGUGAGCGUUAGCGAGGAGUCGCCAAAGAAGGAAAAGAAGAAGAAGAAGGGCCUUAGGACGCCAUCCUUCCUUAAAAAGAAGAAGGAAAAGAAGAAGUCGGUCGAGGCGUAGGUAGUCGUAGCUCAGACACUGCCACAAGCAAAAGCUUCUCGUAAAAAAUAAAACAAACAUGCAAGUUUAAACUCAAGAUCGAAACGCGAGCUCGGUUUAAGAUAAAGGAUGAGAUUCGACGAGUAUGACGAAGCACAGACGAAACGGCGAAAGAUGAAACGGAGGAAUGCGCGAGGAAAAAUCGAAGCGCGAACGAGCAACAAUCACAGCAUCUUUCCAGGACUCAAGACUGCCAUCGCAUUACGUCUACGAUAAGGAAACUAUAUUGUACUGUUAAUGUUUUUACGUUUUUAAUUUGUUAAGCGUCGCGCUAAUGUAUUUAAUCCGCUAUUUAAUUUUGCCUCUCCUAUCCCGUUUGUGUGUAACGCAAUAAAGAGUUACAUAUGCAUACUUUGCGACGAAGAAAGAACAGACUGAUAGAGAGAGAGAGAGAGAGAGGCGUCAUCAUUAUUGUCGUCUUUAUUAUUUCGUUUGCCAAUGUCGACGUCGUUGCCCCGUUGCCAUUGUCGUAAAUUCUCGUCCUCUUUCUGCUCGUCGUUUCCGUCGAUAUCGACACCAACGUUGUCAUCGUCGUCACCGCCGCCUUCGUCGUCGUCUUCGUUAUUAUCAUUAUCAUCAUUCAUCGUUAUCGUUAUCAUCAUUAUUAUUGUCGCCAUCGCCAUUAUCAUAGUCAUCCUCGCCGUCGUUGUCGACGUUGUUGCUAUAUUAUGGUCAUCGUUGCUAUUUGCUUCUACUCUAUUUUUUUCCUCUAUCUCAAGAUUAUCUCAAUGAUUAUAACUGGUAAUUUUUAGAUUAGGAGAAAAAAUUUCGUACAUGCAGGUCUCUCUUGUGAAGCGGAGGGAUGGAGAUAUAAUGCUAUACUUUGCGUAAACUUUGCGCGAAUAUAUAUCGAUACGAAACAUAUUUUAUCUCGAAUGAUUUUCGUGGACUUGAACUGCAGGGCGAUACUGAAUCGGCUCUAUCGCGAAGAAAAAAAAAGAAGUAGAAGUGAAUGCGAAAGGCUGUGUUCUAGAAUUUUGAAGCUGGCGUGCGAAAGAAAAUGCGUUGCGCGAGAAUAUACGGAUCUCAUACGACAGUCCUCUUGUAUCAAAAGCAUCCGGACAAUAGAAAUCGUCUCUGACUCCCGGACUGAUGUACUCGUCUUCGUGAUAUGUAUAAAGUAAUUUGUGCCGUAUGAUAGCCCGUCGAUUACGAUUGUUACAGAGUUGAGAACUUUAUUACAGACUAUCGAUUGGCGCUUAUAUCGACAUAAUACUUUAUAAUUUAUGUCAACUCAAUAAAGAAAAAGAAAAUAGCGCGUAACGAUGACAGUGAGUCAUCAUGCCUCACGGCGACAUUCGUCAGCUUGUAUUAAUUGUUACCAAAUUUGAACAAUCGGUAAGCAGCUUUUAGGUGUGUCCAUUAAAAAGAUGUAAAGUAGAUGUGACUCAGAGUGGAACUGAGGUGGAAUCCGAAAUACGGCGACGUGUGCUCUCACGAAAUUUUCAAUUUUAUCUAUUUAUUCGACCUAACAAAAUAAUUUAACCAUUUCGAAAUUUAUUAUGAUGAAUAUUCGUUGUACAUACAGAAGCGCAGAAUCAUGUAAGAAUUUUUUGUUUUCCCCUCUCCUUUUACGACGGAUUAAUUUACUCAUUUAUAUGUAAAAGACGUGCCUUUCGUAUCUUCGUCAAUCGAUUAGUCUUUAGCACAUUCGACACCCGUUUCAAUCUUUACUACGUAUCUACUGAUUUGCAAUUGAGUAAUCGUUCGAUUUACCUUUGGUCGUCGCGCGUCAUUUGCAGUUGAAUAACAUUUUUUUGCAAUAACUUCAACAAGUCGAACUUGGUUGGACCAAGUAAGAAGAAUAUCUUUCCCAGAGUCGUGUCGUCUUCGAUAUGGUCGUACAUUUUAAUUGAAUAAGAAGAGCUCUCUUGAAGAGCAAUCAAAGCCGCGAAUGCGGAACAUUGCGAUUUUUCGUCAUUCUCUUUGGCUUGUUGAAGCUGUCGGAGGAGUGUUGUUCAAAUUGAUAAUUCGAGCACUAAUGAUUACAUUAGUAAUGUUCUUCAUCCGUAAUUAACGAUCGACCGCUUAUACAACGUGUGUUUUGUACAAAUAAAAGUCGGCGUUAUAUCCUAUACAUAACAUAAUGUAUAACUGUAUGUAUAUCUGCGUAUAAUACCGAGCCGUGUUAUACGUAGAACCGAGUAUAUGUAAACGAGAAGGAUAUAUAGUACUGUUUUAACAGUUUGAGCAUUAUGAAUCAUUCAUGCUCGAAGUGGCUGAAAGGACUAGAAUAGAUAAUAAUGAGAACGAAAUAAAGCGCACAUGCACAUUGGCUUGCAA